UAUGGUCGAAAGCCAACUGUGGGCGUACUUGACAUGGGCGGCGCCAGUAUGCAGAUUGCUUUCGAGAUUCCCGAGAAUGUGAACCCGCCAAUCGAAUUUGUUUCUCAGAUCAACUUGGGCUGCGAUGACGAGAUAAGGGACCACGUUUACAGGAUUUACGUAACUACAUUCCUUAGAUAUGGCUCAAAAGAGGCUCGAGAACGGUAA